CCUCGGCUCCCUCCUGUCCUGCCGCUGGGCCGGCUCCAGCCCGGCAGCCCCUCUGGAGCCAUGGCCACAGCCAGGGCUGGCACCGGCGCCGGACGUUCCACGGGGUGCACUGCCACCCCCCGGAACUGGAGCCUGGACCCCGCCGGGGACUGGCACUACAGGUGGAUCAGCCUCAUGGUGCUGCCCAUCCUUUACAACUGGGUCGUCCUCAUCCUCAGGUGCUGCUUCCCCGAGGUGCAGGAGGCACACGUGGGGCUGUGGCAGGCCCUGGACGGGCUCAGCGACACACUGUACCUGCUGGACAUGGCCGUGCGCCUCCACACAGGUUUCCUGGAGGACGGCAUCCUGGUGCGGGACGUCAGGCGGACGCGGCGGCGCUAUCUGGGCUCCUGGACCUUCCCCUGGGAUGUGAUGGCCGUGCUGCCCACCGAGCUGCUCUGUCUGCUCCCCGGGGUCCCGAGGGUCCCGGGGGUGCCAGCGGCACGUGCCAACCGCUGCCUACGGGUGCCGCGACUCUUGGAGGCCUUCGACCGGUGCGAGACGCGCACGGGACGGCCCAACGUGUUCCGCAUGGCCAAGCUGAUGCUGUACCUGCUGCUGGGCAUCCACUGGCAUGGGUGCCUCUACUUCGCGCUGUCGGCACGCCUGGGGCUGGGCGUCGACCCCUGGGUCUGCCCCAGCUUCACCCGACUGCUGCGCCGCUACCUGCACAGCUUCUACUUCUCCACGCUGGUCCUGGCCACAGUGGGCGACACGCCGGCACCGCAGCGCGAGGAGGAGUUCCUCUUCCUCACCGCCGGCUUCCUCCUGGCCGUGCUGGGCUUCGCCACCAUCACCGGCAGCAUCAGCACCGUCAUUGUCAACCUCAGCUCAGCCGCCACCGCCUUCUACCCCGACGCGGGGCCGGUGCGGCGCUACCUGCGGGCGUGGGGCGUGGGCGGGCGGCUGGCGGGACGCGUGGCGCGCUGGCACCAGCACCUGCGGGCGCAGCGCAAGCUGCCGGCCGAGUGGGAGGUGCUGCAGCACCUGCCGCAGGGCCUGCGGGCCGAGGUGGCCGCCGGCGUGCACCUGGCGGCCCUGCGGCGCGUGGGGCUGUUCCGCAGCUGGGAGCACGGCGUGCUGCGGCAGCUGGUGCUGCGCCUGCGGCCGCAGGUCUUCUGCCCCGGCGAGUUCGUGUGCCGGCGCGGGGACGUGGGCCGCGAGAUGUACUUCAUCCGCGAGGGCCGCCUGGCCGUGGUGGCCGAGGACGGCGUCACGCAGCUGGCCGUGCUGGGCGAGGGGCUCUACUUCGGGGAGAUCAGCCUCAUCAACAUCAAGGGCAACAUGGCCGGGAACCGGCGCACGGCCAACAUCCUGAGCAUCGGGUACUCAGACCUGUUCUGCCUGGGCAAGGAGGACCUGGCGGAGGUGCUGGCCGAGUUCCCCUGUGCCCGUGCUGCCAUGGAGGCCAAGGGCCGGGAGCUGCUGCUGCGCAUGGGCCAGCUCGACACCAGAGCUGAGGCGGCAGCACUGGCGGCCGAGGCCAAGGCGGAGCAGCGGCUGCAGGGGCUGGAGGUGGCCCUGGAGGGGCUCCAGACGCGGGCAGCACGGCUGCUGGCACAGCUGGAGGCCGGUGCCCUGCGCAUGGCCCUGCGCGUCCGGCGCCUCGAGGGACGGCUGCAGCUGCGGGGCAGAGCAGGGCGGGCGGACGGGGCGGCAGGAACGGCAGGAACGGCCUCACCGCAGCGGCCUGCCAGCCCACGGGGUGCUACCGGGGGACAGGGCCCCCCCAGAGAGCAGGCUUCAACCAAGGCACAGGCUGUCCUCAGGGCACACGGUCCCCUCGGGGAGCAGGGUCCCUCCAAGGUGCAGGGUGCCCCCAGGGCAGAGGGUCCUGCCCAGGAACCAGGUUCUGCAGGUGGGCAGGGUCCCACUGGGGUGCAGGGCCCCUCCAAGGCACCGAGUCCCCACAGGGCACACAGUCCCCAUAGAGCACAGGGGCCCAGCAACAUGCAAGGUCCUCCCAAAGCACACGAUACCCCCACGGUGCAGGGGCCCCUCAGGGCACGGGGUCACACUGGGGCACGGGGUCCUCGUGGCAUGCGUGGCCCCAGCGGGGCACAGGCUCCCCUCAAGCCUGGUACCCCCAUGUUACAGGGUCCCCUCAGGGCACAGGGGCAGACUGGGGCACGAGGUCCCAGCGGCGUGUAUGGUCCCCGCAGGGCACGGGCUCUCCCCAGGGCAUGGGGUCCCUCUGGGUCACAGAGAUCCACGGGGGCGCAUGAUGUCUCCGGGGCUCAGGGGCUCGGGGUCCCACGAGGGGUGGGGGUGCCGCGGGACUAGUUCCACGGU